AUGUCGAAUUCGACAGUUCCAAAAGACAAACAAGCCUCUUCUCGUGAUACUGAGGCUGAAACUCAGUUGGAUGCAUCCGUAUCUACCCAUGAUGGAGAUGAAGAAGAAAGCGCAGAGAGCCCUACACCCGAGCCUGACGAUGAGUCUGAUGAGGAAGUGCUGAGAAGUAUCGGCAGCGUUAAAGGCGAAGAGCUGCUCGCAUUCUUUGACGAAGUCCGAAAUGCCUAUCAAAUCGACACAAGCAGCCUAUCACUGCCCCAGCUGGUUGCUGUUGGUGGCACUAGCUGCGGCAAAUCUUCUCUUUUGCAGGCUCUCACUAAGCUUCCAUUCCCGGUGGAUAAUGGCAUCUGCACACUCUUUGCCACUGAAACCACGAUUCAUCGAUGUGAUCCUUCCAAGGACCCGCAUUACACCAUCACUAUUCAUUCAAAGGGGGUCGGAGCUCCCUUCUUGCCCCGCAAAUACUCCAAUGAAUCCUGGCAAAAUGUUUCUCAUCAUCUCAAAAAAGAUUUGGAGGAUGUAUUUGCAAAGCAGCAUGCGCAAUAUGAAACACCAGGAGGGCUUGAUGGAAAUGCAGGGCGUGGUCGACUCCAUGAGCAGGUCAUGAGGGUCAAUGUUUACAAGCAUGACCAGGCCCACUUUAGUGUGGUUGAUAUUCCUGGACUUAUCAGUGGUGGCUCUAGGGCGGAUCAGGAGUUAUCUGAGAGUCUUGCACGUCAGUAUAUGAAAAACCCUCAUGCGAUUGUCCUGGCGGUGAUGCCUGCCGUCGACAAUAUCCUUAACCAAGCCGUUCUUCGUCUCGCAAUGGAGGAAGGAGCAAUGAGCAGGACUAUCGGAGUUGUUACUAAAUGUGACAUGUUGCAAAAGAACGAUGAGCCAAAGACUAUUGAGCUCCUCAAAAAUCAAAAGCCCGACUACAAACUCGACCUCGGAUGGUUCGCUGUCCGCAAUCGAACAACUGAAGAAGUUGAAAAUGGCUUGACAUACAGAGAGCGCGAUGACAAGGAGCAUCGACUCUUUAGCCAGAGACCAUGGUCGAGCCUAAACGGUUUCGUGGGCAUCGAUAAUCUGAACGAACGCCUGGCCGAUACACUAUACAAGCAUGUCAAAAAGAGCUUUCCUCGUGUUCAGAAAGACAUCAUCAGAAAGCUAAGAGAAGCCAAAGAAGAUUUGGAUAUGCUUGGUCCUUCGAGGGAUAGCGAGAAAAUGCAGUCGCUUUAUCUCGAUGACAUUCAAAGGCAGUACAAGGACUUGGCUCAAAGACUGCUCGCCGGAAUAUACAAGGAGAAUUGCCCACUUGAAGAUCCCUCAAGAUUGAGGAACCAUUUGGGAAAUUUGCACGAGGAAUUCCGGAGAAAUAUUGAGCAGCAUGGGAUGGAAAUCGAAUACCCGUCACAUGAGGGAGCUGCAAAUCGGAUAGCAGGAUUGAAACCCGAUUCCCCAGACUGGGAAGCCGAUAUCAUGGCAAAAGAUGAUAUGUUCUCCUGGAUUCUGCGAGUAUGGAAUGAAAAUCGCGGCGAUGGUCUAUCGCACAAACCCCCGCCCUAUUUGGACGAGCUUCUUUGGAAAACCCAGAUCCAAUCCUGGGGGAAGUUUGCAAACGAGUACUUCCACAAAGCCUUGGAGCUGAUUCAAGCGUUUUCGGAUACAUUGCUGGAGGAUGUAUGUCCCGACAGCUUAAUUCGUGGAAAGAUCUGUCAAUAUUUGGAAGGCCUGAAGAUAAAAGCUACUGUCCGUGGAAAGCAGGAGCUUGGCAUGAUCGUGAGUGAAGUGGGUAUUAUGAAGAGCUGCCACCAAGGCUACAAGGAACAAUUGGAAACUGUGCAACAGGGAUUAAAUGUGAUACUGAAAGAUUUUGGAGACAACAAGCUGCGACACGUCUUUGCGACAUUUCUGAAUCUCUCCGAGUUCCAACAGAUGGCACAAUGGCGAUUUAUCGAUAAUUUGAUCAUCCAGGUUGUCGAGCGUCACCUUUUGGGAGCUUCUGGACUGGUCUUCUGUUUCAACACGGAAUGGGUUCGAAACCUCUCCAAAGACCAACUCGAUUAUCUUGUUGGAGAGGACGAGAGGCGAAAGGAAAGGCGUGCGAACCUAGAAACUCAGAUUCGGGAUCUGGGAGAGAUUCUUAGGCAAGCGGAGGCUCUUCAAACCAAGCGAUAG